GUCUGAAACAGAACGAGGAUAGCCCGGUCCCAGGUCUGAAACAGAACGAGGAUAGCCCGGUCCCAGGUCUGAAACAGAACGAGGAUAGCCCGGUCCCAGGUCUGAAACAGAACGAGGAUAGCCCGGUCCCAGGUCUGAAACAGAACGAGGAUAGCCCGGUCCCAGGUCUGAAACAGAACGAGGAUAGCCCGGUCCCAGGUCUGAAACAGAACGAGGAUAGCCCGGUCCCAGGUCUGAAACAGAACGAGGAUAGCCCGGUCCCAGGUCUGAAACAGAACGAGGAUAGCCCGGUCCAAGGUCUAGAACAGAACGAGGAUAGCCUGGAUAGCCUGGUCCCAGGUCUGAAACAGAACGAGGAUAGCCCGGUCCCAGGUCUGAAACAGAACGAGGAUAGCCCGGUCCCAGGUCUAGAACAGAACGAGGAUAGCCUGGUCCCAGGUCUGAAACAGAACGAGGAUAGCCCGGUCCCAGGUCUGAAACAGAACGAGGAUAGCCUGGUCCCAGGUCUGAAACAGAACGAGGAUAGCCCGGUCCCAGGUCUGAAACAGAACGAGGAUAGCCCGGUCCCAGGUCUAGAACAGAACGAGGAUAGCCUGGUCCCAGGUCUAGAACAGAACGAGGAUAGCCUGGUCCCAGGUCUAGAACAGAACGAGGAUAGCCUGGUCCCAGGUCUAGAACAGAACGAGGAUAGCCUGGUCCCAGGUCUGAAACAGAACGAGGAUAGCCUGGUCCCAGGUCUAGAACAGAACGAGGAUAGCCUGGUCCCAGGUCUGAAACAGAACGAGGAUAGCCCGGUCCCAGGUCUAGAACAGAACGAGGAUAGCCCGGUCCCAGGUCUGAAACAGAACGAGGAUAGCCCGGUCCCAGGUCUGAAACAGAACGAGGAUAGCCCGGUCCCAGGUCUGAAACAGAACGAGGAUAGCCCGGUCCCAGGUCUGAAACAGAACGAGGAUAGCCCGGUCCCAGGUCUAGAACAGAACGAGGAUAGCCUGGUCCCAGGUCUGAAACAGAACGAGGAUAGCCCGGUCCCAGGUCUGAAACAGAACGAGGAUAGCCCGGUCCCAGGUCUGAAACAGAACGAGGAUAGCCUGGUCCAAGGUCUAGAACAGAACGAGGAUAGCCCGGUCCCAGGUCUGAAACAGAACGAGGAUAGCCCGGUCCCAGGUCUGAAACAGAACGAGGAUAGCCUGGUCCCAGGUCUGAAACAGAACGAGGAUAGCCCGGUCCCAGGUCUAGAACAGAACGAGGAUAGCCUGGUCCAAGGUCUAGUACAGAACGAGGAUAGCCCGGUCCCAG